AUGCACUUGAGGUUAAUUUCUCGUAUCCUCAUUCUGACAAUCCUCGGCCUUUACCAACCCCUGAAACCCGGCGAUGCUAUUAUCGGCGGCGUUUGUACUACUGCUGUCGAUACAAAACGGGCUGAGCACAAUCUUUCGAUGGAGGAGUUCAUACACUCGCUCAGCGACAAUCUCAUAUCCUGGAAUGAGUAUGCACAAUCCGUGUAUGAGACUAAGGCCAAAGUCCGGAAUCAAAACGAGCUCUCGUCGGAUACUUGGAACCUGCCUGUAGUUGGGGAAUACGUUAAAGUCGACUGUCGGUUGGUCUGCUGGAUUCAAAUUGUCCCCAGUCAACGUUCUGUCCCUGGAGUCUCCGCAAACCAACGAAACCUUGUCUGCAAGCACAUUACUAAUGCAACAAACAAGAUUCAGCACUCAAGUCGGCACCCUGUCACUGUGAAAUGUACUGCCCACCAAUCAGGUAGCCUCUUUCAUAUCAUAAUCUCGUCUCUGCCGAAGGCAACGAACGGUCCAAAUAA